CCUCCGUCCUCCUCCUCCUCGGCGAGGGCCCGGCCCGUGUAAGGGGGAACUGAGGCGAAGAAGACGGCGGCGAGUGCGGCCCGGCGGGGCGAUGCGGCUGGGAGCCCGGGCGUGACGAGCCAGGGCACUAGCCGGCGCCAUGCGGCCUGGAGGGAGCCGGGGCGGUGGCGGUGGCGGCGGGUCUCGCGUCCGCUGAGCGCCGUCUGGCCGGCGCCGCCAGCCGUCUCCCGGCCAUGGCCUCGUCCUCGUCGCCGCCGCACCAGCAGCUGCUGCCACGGCGGCCGCACAGCACCGAGGUGAGCUGCGACUCGAGCGGCGACAGCAGCAGCGUGACGGUGCGGAUCCAGGCGCGGAGCACCCCGCCGCCGCCCGGCCCGGCCUGCAAGUCCAGCAUCUCGUCCAGCUGUAGCAGCUCCGGGGACUCGGCGGCGCGGCGGGCACAGGGAGGGGCGUCGGCGGGCGGCGUCGGCGUCGCGUCCCGCCGGCGGAAGAAGCGGCUGCGGCUGCCGCAGCUCUUCGAACGCGCCUCGUCGAAGUGGUGGAACCCCAAGUUCGACUCGUGCAACUUGGAGGAGGCCUGCCUGGAGCGCUGCUUCCCGCAGACGCGGCGCCGCUUCCGCUACGCGCUCUCCUACAUCGGCGCCGCUGGCCUGCUGUGGGCUGCCUACCUGGGCGUGCGGCUGGGGCCCGGGCGGCAGGCGGCCGUGGUGGUGCCGGCGCUGGGCGCUCUGGCCGGCUGCCUGGCCUUCUUCUUCUUCACCUUCACGCGGGCCUACGGGCGUCACUAUGUGGGCACCUCGCUGGCCCUCAUCUUGCUGGUCUUCGCCCUCACGCUGGUUCCCCACUUCCCCGCGCUGGGCGCUCUGUCGCGGGCCAACGGCACCGAGCCGGCACCGGGGGGCGCCUGCCUCUCACACGUGGGCAGCUUCUCCAUGUGCAUCGAGGCGCUCCUGCUCCUCUACACGGUGAUGCACCUGCCCCUCUACCUGAACCUCUUCCUAGGGCUGGCCUACUCGGUCCUCUUUGAAACUUUGAGCUAUCACUUCAGCGACCAGAGCUGCUGGGCACCUGCAGGGGCUCGUGUGAUUUACUGGGAGGUCCUGAGUAAAGCCCUACUCCAUGUCUGCAUCCACGCCAUAGGCAUCCACUUAUUCAUCAUGUCCGAGGUAAGGUCGAGGAGCACCUUUCUGAAAGUGGGGCAGUCCAUCAUGCACGGCAAAGACCUGGAGGUGGAGAAGGCCCUCAAAGAGCGCAUGAUCCAUUCUGUGAUGCCCAGGAUUAUUGCCGAUGACUUGAUGAAGCAGGGAGAUGAUGAAAGCGAGAACUCUGUUAAACGCCAUUCCACCUCCAGCCCCAAAAACAGAAAGAAAAAGCCUUCCAUACAGAAAACCCCCAUCAUAUUCCGCCCUUUUAAAAUGCAGCAGAUAGAACAAGUCAGUAUUUUGUUCGCGGACAUUGUUGGCUUUACAAAAAUGAGUGCUAACAAAUCUGCACAUGCUCUGGUGGGGCUCUUGAAUGAUCUCUUCGGUCGCUUUGACCGUCUUUGUGAGGACACAAAAUGUGAGAAGAUCAGUACUUUGGGUGACUGUUACUACUGUGUGGCUGGGUGCCCUGAGCCUCGAGAAGAUCACGCGUAUUGCUGCAUUGAGAUGGGCCUGGGCAUGAUUAAAGCCAUUGAACAGUUUUGCCAAGAGAAGAAAGAGAUGGUGAAUAUGCGAGUGGGUGUUCAUACUGGGACUGUUCUGUGUGGUAUUUUGGGCAUGCGGCGGUUUAAAUUUGAUGUGUGGUCCAAUGAUGUUAACUUGGCCAACCUGAUGGAGCAACUGGGUGUGGCUGGGAAAGUCCAUAUUUCAGAGGCUACUGCAAAAUAUCUGGAUGACCGUUAUGAAAUGGAGGAUGGAAAGGUGAUUGAGCGUGUUGGUCAGAGUGUAGUGGCAGACCAGCUUAAAGGCUUGAAAACAUAUUUGAUAUCUGGUUUGAAAGUUAAGGAUCCCCUUUGCAGCUGCUCACAGACUCUGCUUCCAGGCCUUGAAGCAGGAGACAGAAGCAAGUUACAGGCAGCCUCAUCAGUGGAGAACGUUGGUGACUUAGCAAAGGUUUUCAGACAACCAGAGAAAAACAAGACAUGCCCUUCAUGCAACGUUACACUGGCACCUAGCUGUGUUGCAAGUAUAGAGGAAGCAACUAUCCAAAAUGGAUGUCAGGAUGAACAUAAAAUCCUCAUAAAGGCUCCUGCAGGAUGCAGUCCAAAGGCCCAGAAUGGACUCUUGAGUCCUCCACAAGAAGAGAAGCUGAGCAACAGCCAGACCUCACUAUAUGAAAUGUUGCAGGAGAAAGGAAGAUGGGCUGGUGUGAGCCUGGAUCAGUCGGCUCUUCUGCCAUUAAGGUUCAAAAACAUCAGAGAAAAAACAGAUGCUCACUUUGUGGAUGUGAUUAAAGAAGACAGUUUGAUGAAAGAUUAUUUUUUUAAACCGCCUAUUAACAAACUGAGCCUGAACUUCCUGGAUCAGGAUUUGGAGAUGGCAUAUAGGAGCAGCUAUCAAGAAGAGGUCAUAAGAAACGCACCAGUGAAGACUUUUGCCAGUGCUACCUUCAGCUCCCUUCUGGAUGUGUUCCUUUCUACAACUGUCUUCCUUAUCUUGUCGCUCACCUGCUUCCUGAAACAUGGAAUGGCUGCGUCUCCACCUCCUCCUGCAGCGGUGGUUGUGGUUGUCAUCGCCAUCCUGUUAGAGAUGCUGUCCCUUUUUGUCUCCAUUAGAAUGGUGUUCUUUUUGGAGGAUGUGAUGGCUUGUACGAAGCGGCUGCUGGAGGUGAUAGCUGGCUGGCUGCCUCGACACUUUGUGGGUGCCGUGUUGAUCUCUCUCCCCGCUCUAGCGGUGUUUUCACACUUCACUACUGAGUUUGAAAGCAACAUCUAUUGCACGAUGUUUAUGUGUUCUGCAAUCCUGAUCACUAUUGUCCAGUACUGUAACUUCUGCCAGCUCAGCUCUUGGAUGAGAUCAUCUCUAGCCACUCUUGUUGGAGGUGUCCUGCUCAUCUUGCUCUACGUGUCUCUGUGUCCUGACAGCUCCGUGAUCUCCCACCUGGAUUCAACACAGAACUUCAGCUUCAUGGAAACCUCUUAUUUUGAUUCGGCACAGAACUUUAGUUCCAUAAACAAUCAAUGCAACAGGACAACAUCGGAGGACUUCAAGAGACCAGCAGACUUGAUUGGUCAGGAAGUGAUUCUGGGUUUCUUCCUUCUACUACUCUUGGUUUGGUUCUUAAAUCGGGAGUUUGAAGUCAGCUACCGUCUCCAUUAUCACGGUGAUGUGGAAGCCGACCUCCACCGUACAAAGAUCCAGAGCAUGAGGGAUCAGGCUGACUGGCUGCUGCGGAAUAUUAUUCCAUAUCAUGUGGCAGAGCAAUUAAAAGUAUCUCAGAGCUACUCCAAAAACCAUGACAGUGGUGGUGUGAUCUUUGCCAGUAUUGUGAACUUCAGUGAGUUCUAUGAGGAAAAUUACGAAGGUGGCAAGGAGUGUUACCGAGUCCUAAACGAACUGAUUGGAGACUUUGAUGAGCUCCUGAGCAAGCCAGAUUAUGGCAGCAUUGAGAAAAUCAAGACUAUUGGGGCCACUUACAUGGCUGCCUCUGGGCUGAACACCUCCCAAACCCAGGACAGCAGCAAUCCACACGGACACUUGCAAACCCUCUUCGAAUUUGCCAAAGAAAUGAUGCAAGUGGUGGAUGACUUUAACAACAACAUGCUGUGGUUCAAUUUUAAACUGAGGAUUGGCUUUAACCAUGGCCCCCUGACAGCUGGGGUCAUUGGCACUACCAAGCUGUUGUAUGACAUCUGGGGUGACACUGUGAAUAUAGCCAGCAGAAUGGACACUACAGGAGUAGAGUGUCGCAUACAGGUGAGUGAAGAGAGCUACCGCAUACUGAGCAAAAUGGGGUAUGACUUUGAUUACAGGGGGACAGUCAAUGUGAAGGGUAAAGGUCAGAUGAAGACCUAUCUUUACCCCAAGUGCAUGGACAAUGGGAUUGUCCCCCACCACCAGUUGUCUAUAUCUCCAGACAUCCGUGUUCAAGUGGAUGGCAGCAUUGGGCGGUCUCCAACAGAUGAGAUCUCCAACCUGGUGCCUUCUGUACAGAACUCAGACAAGACACCCCACACAUAUGAUCAUAACUCAGAUUUUUUGCCAUAUUUCAAGAAGCUCCAAAAAGAGUCUGUAAAAUCAGAUGACCGGCAUAGGUUUAGUAAACUCAGCGAGAAAAAUGACUGUGCGGAAGUAGGUCCCGAAGAGGCUGAUGAACUGACCAAGCUGAACAGCUCAAGGAGCGUGUAAUGCCCUGGAAAGCUGCCGUGUUCUCCGACCAAAGGAACACGGAUAUGCCCUCCAAGGGGAGGGGGCAGGAAAGAGACUUCCUUAAUGGCUGAGUUGUUGUCUGCCUGAGUGGAUCACAGCCAUGCAGGGCCCACGUCCCUCUUGCCCUCUCGCUCUUUGCAGCAUUCUUUCAGCUGAGAGGAGAUAACAAGUGCCUUCAGAUAGAUUCCACUGGACUCCCUGUUUAGGUACAGAGGCACAAAGGCAAACCAUAGGUUGAGGAUAUGAAUACAUUCAAAUGAUGAUAAGCCGUGGCUAUAAUAUUUGUAUUGUUUCUCACAAACAUUGUGUAUUGGGUUUUUUUGCUAUUGCAGAUCCAUGUGGGGGAAAAUACAUGCAUACAUACAUACAUAUAUAUAUAUAUAUAUAUAUAAAAAAUAAGCCUUUUGUAUGUAAACACAGACAAAUGCACGUUUACUUACCUUAUGAGACUCAUAUGAAGAACUAAUAAGAGGAGACUUCCUGGAGGAAAGGGAAAUUGCAAUAGCAAAAGAUUGUCUGAUUUUAGACUGGAGGAGGGAGCAGCAAUAUUUUGCAGUUGUGCACUUGUAUGGAGGGAGGGGGGUAGUUGAACUUGUUGUCUUUGCCAUAGCUGGACUGAAGUGUCAUUGUGUGUUCUGGAGUGUGCGAAUUGCCCUUCACCAAGCAGGUCCUUGCUGUGUGGGGCCUGGUGCUAGCUGGGGUGUGCGUGUGUGUCCCAGAAUCUAAUGCAUAGCCAGUUUCAUUCUUAGGUGCUCUACUCUUUUAUUUCUGCCUAAAUUGAUUUCUGAGUUUUUGGUGAAGUUGGUCUGCCCCGAGAGAGAAAGAGAGAGGGAGGGAGAGGGAGGGAGAGAGAGAGAGCAAUUUUCUUUUCCCUCUUAAGUCUAUCUUUGUGGGGGUGCUAGGGUUUGUGUGGAUAGUGAUUGGUAUAAUCCAAAACCCCAUUCAAGGUGUCUCCAUAUUUACAUCUAGUUGUUUGCCUGGCAAAAGUUAACAAACUCCAGGGCUAUCCAGAGCCAUUCAUGCACCCUUGUGCAUUUCUGGUGCAACUGCUGAAAGGCCAAGUCACAUAUGGCUGAGAAGCACAAGCACAUGGCAGUCUGAAUUCUAUAGGCUUUAUCAUGUGGCUUCCAGUGGCAGGGAGCUGCUGCUAUUGAAGUCUAUCAUGGCUGUUUAGGUCAUGUUUUACCAUGUGGAUGGCACAUGCCUGGGGCAGUAUUAAGCUUGUAAGUCUCCAGUAUAGACAACUAUUUCUUGAGCCACGUAAUGUAUUGAAAUCUAUGUCUGCCACAGAGGGGCAGAAGGGGAAUGAAAUAGCUUGUCUGUGUUUGUAUACGUUUGGAAGAUUUCUAAAAAGUUAAGAGCCUUGUGGCACCUAAAGAAACACAAUACAGUACAUAUGUGCCAUAGGGCUCAACUUGUGCUGCAAAACACUGAUAUGGCUGUUCUGAAAUAUGAAAGGCUAAAAAAGUACUCUUUGAACCAUUUGUGUGAAUUUGUGUUUCCCUGAACUUUUCACUUUGUACCUUCUUAAUGGGUGUAGGUCAAAGGUAAUAUUUCACCCAUCUUGUAUUUUCUUCCCCUUUUGGGGCCAGACAACUUAGGUUUGUCAUUUCCCUUCCUUUUAUAGUUGAUCUUAUUUAAAGAUGAAGCCAGGAUGCUGAGCCCUUUCAGUUUAGGUAUCAAGUGUAUACCUGGAAUGAAGAAGCUGGAAGUCUUUUCCCUCUCUUUAUAUUACCUCACCUUUAUUGCUGGUCAUAGCUGCUCUGCACAGCAUUUUAAUAUAUUCUUAAUCUUUUUUAUAGAGAAGCCCUUGGUAGUUCUUUUGGGGAUGUGGGUGCUUAGGUGAGGGAGGGAAUUUCUACCACAGAGGCUAAGCAUCUAGCCUGCAUUAGUUUACUAAAGGGACAUUAUUGUGUUCCUCUCAAAAUGUAGAUAUAAAUGAGAGAAGAAAAUCAGUAUUUACUCUGGCUGCCAUCCAAAGAACGUCUAUGAGGGAAGAUGUGUACUUUCUCUUCUUUGGGUGGCAUUCAUUGUUCUAGGAGGCCUUGGUGUUAUUUACAAGUAUCUUUUUGCCUCUAGUAACCAUUAGGAUUUUUGUUCAGUUUCUUACAGUGGAACUGGCUUAGAUUAAGGCCAUUGCCAGGCCUUCUAAAAUGGAAUUAUUGUCUGGGAGAGUGGUGAUUUCUUUUUCCCUCUUGGCAGGUGUUGCUUAUUUAAAGAUACUGAUACCGGCCUGUGGUAAUUGCAGAGUGAGUAACUGAACUUACGGGCCAUUUCAACUUCUCACCUGAUGCUGUUCUUGCUGUAAGAACUAUUUUGUUGUCAAAUUUCUAGCCAAAAGGCAUCUCAAUAAUUAAAAUAGCAAACUAGCAAGCAGAACAGCAGCAUUUCCCUAAUUUGAAAGGGCGGGGGGGGGGGGUUGCUGUGAGACCAACCCUUUCUUGAGUCAGAUGGGACAAAUCAGCUCCCCAUGUCUUUUGUUUGUGUUUGAGUGCUAGUAGCAUGUGGUGUGUGCUUUCACUAGGAUAGAAAACAGGUUCUGCCCCGGAUAGAGCCCUGUGUGUUUCUGUCUGUUCACAAAUCAGGCAGAUGUCCAUUGGGAACUUGGCUCCUUUCUGUUUUCAGGCUCUGUUUCACUCUGGGCCAAAACAGCAUGUAUGUAAAAGUUUUCUUUGAGAUUACUAAAAUGAUUCAAAAUUGCCCGUGUAUGGUCCCAGAGAAUGUCAGUUGGCUUAGAAUCAUAGAGUUGGAAGGGGCCAUACAGACCAUCUAGUCCAACCCCCUGCCCAGGCUUCUGACAUGGUUUGAAAGUGGUACCCACAAGAGUGUGUUGCAUUCAAGCAUGUUGGAUCUCUGCAUUGCCUUGUAUCCUGAAAAGCACUUUAUCUUAGGAAAAAUUGAAACGACAUUAAUAGAAUCCAAAAGAGGCACACUAACCCUCUGAAUAUUGUCUUAAUUCUUCUCUGCCAAGCGUAGAGGCUUGUUGGCUGCGUCUCAGACCUCAGUGUGGGUAGGGAAUCUCUAAAGAGAGCUGGUGCUCUUCUGUGGUUCUUUAAUGGAGGCUCCAUUCCCAAGACCCUGGAUGUAGAUGCCAGCUUACUCAGUGCUAACAGGAAGCAACAUUCACAUAAUUACAUGGGUGCCUCUUCCUGCAUAGUACACGCACACAAACUCCCAGUCUUCUAAUACAUAAAUAAACAAGUUUAGCCUGCUGAGCUUCCAGCAAAGAUGCCAAGCUGGGUGUUGGAAUAUUAUCUAUACAUGCAUUAGAGGGGGAUUACCUUGGAGAGCAGUUAGGCUGUAGGUUCGUUUGGAAGCCACAUUGGGAUUUUAAACAACUGAACUCUGGCAUUUUCUCCCUGAAUUGUUUGCUCAGGGUUGAAGAUUGAAGUCAGUUCCUUACUGUCUGUGCAUCAGAAACAGUUGGGGAGGGGAAGCAGAGUUUUGCUGACAGACAUUUCGGGACUUGGUCUAAUUUUUCCUCUGAAAACUCCUUUCUCAAUAAAACUUGGAACAGGGACAAGAAAAUGUCACCAAACAGUGGAAUUCUGUCCCCCUGUACUGUCUGACUUUUCAGAAACGAGCAAAGGACAAUCUAUGGCAAGUUUGGCAUUUUUCAAGCAGUUUAUUGAAUACGAGAUCAC